AUGAUGUCUCUCAAGUACAUCCUCCCCGCGCUGGCCGCCAGCCAGAUGGUCUUCGCCAGCUCCGACGACUGCGGUGAUACCAAGAUCAAGACUCAGAGCGACGCUGACGGCAUCAACACUUGCUCCACCAUUAGCGGUGACAUUACCAUCGACGAGUCCUACAGUGGUGACCUUAUUCUCAGCGGUAUCGAAAAGAUUACCGGUGGUCUUUCUUGCUCCGAGGGUGCCAACGUCAGCUCCAUCACCGCUUCCGAACUCACCAGCAUCGGCAAGACCUUCGACCUUGAGGGUCUCACCACCCUCACCCUCCUCGACUUCGCCCAGCUGGACAGCGUUGGUUCCAUCAACUGGGAUGCUCUCCCCAAGCUCCAGUCCCUGAACUUCGCCAAGGGUGUCACCGAGGCCGGUGAUGUCAGCAUCACCAACACUGGUCUGACCGACCUGAACGGUAUCUCCCUGCAGACCGUCGGUCUCUUCAGCAUCCAGAACAACCGUGACCUGAAGACCAUCAACAUCAACAACCUGAAGAACGCCACCAAGUCUAUCAGCUUCUCCGGUAACUACGACACCCUCGAGGUCAACUUCCCCAACCUUGGCACUGGUGUUGGCAUGACCUUCCAGAACAUCUCUGCUGUCUCCCUGCCUUCUCUCGAGAAGCUUACCGGCCAGCUCGGCUUCUGGGGUACCAAGUUCGAGACUUUCUCCGCUCCUAACCUGACCCAGACUGGUGACCUGAUCUUCAAGGACAACACCAAGCUGUCCAACAUCUCUAUGCCCGUCCUGAAGACCGUCAACGGUGGUUUCACCAUUGCCCGUGAUGACGAGCUCAACAUCAUCUCUCUGUCCAACCUCGAGACUGUCAAGGGUGCCAUUGACUUCAGCGGUACCUUCAACAAGGUCUCUCUCGGUGCUCUUAAGGAUGUUGAGGGUGCCUUCAACAUGCAGUCUACCCACGGCAACUUCUCUUGCUCCGACUUCAAGAAGCUCAAGACUGAGGACGUCAUCAAGGGCAAGUUCAGCUGCAAUGCCACCAACGACAACCCCACCACUGCCAACGGUACCUCCGGCACUGGCUCCGGUACCUCCACCGGUAGCGGCUCCUCCAGCACCUCCUCCGGUGCUGCCUUCUUCACCGGCGCCAACGUCCCCGUCGUCGGUAUCGCCGCCUUCUUCGGCGCUCUCGCCUCUUUCCUGUAA